UUCCACCAUGGCGUACCGUGGCCAGGGCCAAAAAGUGCAGAAGGUGAUGGUGCAGCCCAUCAACCUCAUCUUCAGAUACUUGCAAAAUAGAUCUCGGAUUCACGUGUGGCUAUAUGAGCAAGUGAAUAUGUGGAUAGAGGGCUGUAUCAUUGGUUUUGAUGGGUAUAUGAACCUCGUAUUAGAUGAUGCAGAAGAGAUUCAUUCUAAAACAAAGUCAAGAAAACAGCUGGGUCGGAUCAUGCUAAAAGGAGAUAAUAUUACUCUGCUUCAAAAUGUCUCCAACUAGAAAUGACUAACGAAGUGAGAAAUUGUUG